CGGCUGUAGCUGCCUCCACGCGAACAUGCCUCUGGCAAAAGAUCUCCUGCAUCCCUCCCCCGAGGAAGAGAAGAGGAAGCAUAAGAAGAAGCGUUUGGUCCAGAGUCCAAACUCUUACUUCAUGGAUGUGAAAUGUCCAGGUUGCUACAAAAUCACCACUGUGUUCAGUCACGCUCAGACGGUGGUUCUCUGUGUCGGCUGCUCAACUGUCUUGUGCCAGCCCACUGGAGGGAAGGCCAGAUUGACAGAAGGAUGCUCCUUCAGGCAAAAGCAGCCUUAGAUUUCAGCAGCUGGUGGUCCCAGGUGGGUGGGGCUACGCGCACAGUCGCUGGCUCAAGUACCG